AAGGACCCUCGUCGUCUCGCUUAUUGCUGCUCCGCCGCCGUCCUGCUAUGUCUCCUAUAACAACAGUAUUUCCAAGUCACCGUCGAACCCAUACGACGACGGCCCUUACGCCCAGGAACCGAACUACCACGCAGCGACACGGGCGGAUUGUUAUUCCUACAACGAAAAUGCAUUAGUGACUAGCUAGACAAGACAAUGGGGGCGUGGAUCUUAUCACCUCUCUUCGACUGGACAGCUGUUCCUUCGGCGGACAUACCCGACAACAAGCCCAAGGAAGGAGACUAUCUCGACGUACGACUCCUUGAAACCACUGGACUUCCAGUCAAUAGGGGCAGAAUGUAUUGUCGCGGGGAAACUUGUCGCCUCUGGGACAAACUCUCCCAGUGGAGCGCUCCUCAAGAUGACAACCGUUCCGUUAUUGGCUAUGUGCGUGGGCCGCCUGGAACGGGCAAGACCACAACGACUUUUGCCUGGUUGCAGGCGUAUGUGAAGUUAACAGGAAAGUCGGCUACCUGGCUCCAUGUAAGUCAUCGAAGAAGAGUUCUUUAUCGUGUGGAGUUCAGGAGAAGGAAAGACGGCGUUGUGUGUUACUCCGAAGCAGAAGAAGAGGAGUUCCGAUUUGCCUCAGGUCGCAUUAAGAAUUGUUCGUCGGCGGUCCUCGUGUUCGACGGUUAUAGAGACCAAGAAGCUUUCAACGUUAUCGAUGGUGCAGUUCAACUUUGGGCAGGACAGAAACCAGGCCAGCGAACUGCAAUGAUUGUUUCCUCGUAUGCUUUCAGCAUAAAGGCCGAAGAGAGAGUUGACAAGAAGACAAGAGCGGAAGAAUAUGAGAAGUUUUCGUUGUCUUAUGACGAGUACCUCACUUCUUUCAAGCGUGCAAGAUCGGACCCAGAUUUUGGCCUACAAGUUUCGAAGAGGCGAAAAAUUGAAAGUUCUUCAAGCGAUAAUGCUACCAAAGCUUCACAAGGUACCGUCCUGGACCCCGAAGUGCUUGAAGAUAUUGAUGAAAAGUUCUACUACGCAGGAGGCUGUGCUCGCUAUUUUUUUGGCUGGCUUAACCAUUGAGGAAGUCAAAUCGGCAAUCCAGGAUGCUGUGGAAACACUCGACGCAACGAAUAUAGGGGCGGUGUUUCAAAGAGGAAUGAAUCACCCUGAGCGACGCCAUCGGCUUCUCGCCUUCAUUGAAGAUGAUUCUGGUGGUGUUUGCAAGCGGAUUGUGAGCCAGUUUGCCGUGAGGCCACUAGUGGAGCACGGUCAGGAGCAUGCUUUCCCAGUUCUUUAUCAUGUGGCUUAUGGAAACCCUUCUUUUGAAGGGUGGGUCUUCGAGGAAGAUUUUUUCUUUCAGUAUAAGGAGGCCGAAACGAAAACUCAAAAGUUUGUUCUCAAAGGAGAUACGGUCGGAGGAGACGUCGUGCCAGAACCUCAUCCCGCAGUCCCCUUCGAUCAAGAUGGCAUGGUACAUAAGAAAGGAGAGGCGGAGGAAAAAGGAGACGAAAUUGAUUCGCUUUCCCGCCCAGAGCUCCAGCGACAGUGCAAACA